UUACGGUGGCUGCUAGUAAUGCCUUCUGCACCGCCAGACAAUCACACGCCAAUUUGGACGCGCGUUUUGAUCUUUCCCGCCGACGACUUCGUUUGCACUGCGCUCUUACUCGAUAUACCCUUCGCCCAUCCUCCAGAUUCCUGCAACAUUCCCUCUACUACCUCUGUUACAAUUCCUCUUCGCCAUAUCUCCCAUUAUCACACUUUCUUGCAGAGUAGCUCAGCGGUGCUGCUGCAGUUUCCAACACUGUCGUGCAUCCACACUUCCGGAGUUCAUCAGGAAAUCUACCAUCAUUUCGUAAGUUGAAUAUGUUCAAUACGGGUAGCAAAUACCAACCGCUCAGCCACCAUGCAACCCACUCCCUCUAAGUUCACGCCCGGCGCUUCCGAAGCCAAACCAGCCUCAUUGCCAACAUAUGUCUUCCGAGUACACCGUGCCGGCGCACAAACCAAGUACGACUUCUCAAGCGGAUUCCGCUCCAAGAACCAAACCACCAUCAUUAACACCACCGCGAUCCUCGACCAAUUCGCCAUGGCCCACAUCAAUGGCCAAACCAACAUUUCCAGCCCUUUCAUCUCCGUAUUCGACUCCUAUACCCAUGCCGAGGACAUGGCGCGUUAUUUCGCGCAAAAGUACGGCGACGAGAUGAAGGUUAUUCAGAUUGAUACCCACCAUUUGGCUCGCGGCCCGGUGUUUCGCGUUGCCGACAUUCUGGAGGGUAAGAUGCAGGUGAUGGGCCGGAUGGAGGAGGAGCUGCAUAAGGGUGAAUACCUCAUCAUGUAUAGGAUCCCCGCGCAGGCCGUCGUCUCUGAGACUCCCGUCGGGAGGGGCAUGGCGAAUGCGCGUAGGGGACCCGGGGUGAUUGGGAGGCCGGUGCAGGCUUGAGAGUAAGGGUUUUGACGGGAGGCUGGGUU